GUGUAAUGUGUAGUGGGCUGCUGUAGGUGCCGGAGACACUACAGUUACUACCCAAAAGACGCUGGACAGGGUAGUGUGACUCGUGCUGGUGUUGAACCGAGUGAGGAGGGAAUAAAGCUCAGUGCCGUGUGAUUGUGAGACGUUACGGAAAGGUUGUGUGUGUGUGUGUGUGUGUUGUGAUAAGUGAGGUUGUUGUCGUGUUGUUGAACGAGCGAGCGAGCAACCAUGAGCUGGCAAGGACCUCCCCGCCCUCGGUCUAACAGCAGCAGCGAGUGGAAGACAUUAGGUAACGAGAAGACUCACCUGCCUAUCUUCGUUACACUGUCUGAUCCUCAGUUGUGUUCCGCCAAGGUUGAAGGACCGAGUGGGUCACGGGGACGCAGGAUGGACCGGCUACGGCGAAGCUUCCGGGAGAGUUUUCGGAAGAAGAAGGAUCAUCAUCAUGUAACGGAGGCAUCCAAACCUCACCAGUGGCAGACUGAUGAGGCUUCUGUGAGAGCGGGCACGUGCUCCUUCCCCGUCAAAUAUCUUGGUUGUGUAGAAGUGUUCGAGUCUCGAGGAAUGCAAGUGUGUGAAGAAGCUCUAAAGGUACUCAGGAAUUCUCGUCGAAGACCACUAAGAGGGAUGCUUUAUGUAUCUGGCGACGGACUACGAGUGGUAGACGAUGAAACUAAGGGGCUGAUUGUUGACCAGACGAUAGAGAAGGUUUCUUUUUGUGCACCUGAUCGUAAUCAUGAAAAAGGUUUCUCGUACAUCUGUCGAGACGGAACAACGAGACGAUGGAUGUGCCAUGGUUUUGUUGCUGUUAAGGAAACGGGUGAGAGAUUAAGUCAUGCUGUUGGCUGUGCUUUUGCUGCCUGUCUGGAGCGCAAGCAAAAGAGAGAUAAGGAGUGUGGAGUUACUAUGUCAUUUGAUCCCACCACGUCCACCUUCACCCGAUCUGGUUCCUUCCGACAAAUGACCGUCACAGAGAGGUUGUCUGAUCCCCAGGAAUGCAAACCAAUUGAACCUGUGCCAGUGAAGAAGGUUGAGAAUCCUCAUGCCAUUGCCAGACCACAUGCUACACCACUUAUGCUGCAACGUCAAGGCUCCUUUAGGGUAUUCCAGCAUCUUAGCCAGUCUCCAUUCAAGCGGCAGUUGUCAUUACGAUUAAACGAAUUACCAUCUAAUUUGGAGAGGACACGUUCUAUGUCACUAGAUAACAACGCUGUCAACGCUGCGGUCACCAACAACAAUAACCAGCCGCCAGGCCGAGUCCCGCGCUCUAAGACAACCUGUUCAUUUAAGAGUCCCCAGCCUCCACCUCGCACUCACAGGAAUAGACUCCACUCGCUCCCAAAUGCAGUUAACAUGACUCCAAUACCUGAGAGUUCCCCAAUAGUGGAGAAUAAACCAGGUGACGCAGUGUCUGCCAUGUGCCAGGAACUUUCAGCUGGGCUCUCCCUUCUUUCCAAUUUUUCGGACCCAUUCUCUUCCCCGGAGAACACCUCACCUGCUCACAACUCCUUUACUACAGCGACUACCACUGUCACUAGCUAUACUAAUGUUGCCAGCACAGUGGUACAGAGUCAUCAUGGAAUACCAACUACAUCACAAGGAGUCUUGCUGCCAUCUGUUGAACCAAUUCAUGAAGAAAGCCCAUGGGCUGGAUCAGACAUCAAUGGCCAGCCCUUAAGUUUAGAUGAUCCGACAGGAGCUGAAACUAAAAGGUCACUAGGAGAAGAAUGGCUUUCUCAGUUUAAUACACAGCCUAAAAUUACUAAUGGGACCACAACACCACCACCAGGAUCACAGCCAGUUAAUAAUGUAAUUCUUAGCCGACGCAACCCACCUUUGGCCCAAGUAAGGUCUGCUUCCUUAGGUGCAACACCAAAUGCAGGCACCCCAUAUGUAGCUGUUGGCACAGCAAGAGAUCCCAUGAGUUCUUCUUGGACCACUUCGAAUGGUACUGGUGGUACAGCCACAACAAACUUUGUAGUAGGAACUACAACUACAAAUUCUUCUGGGACAGGGGGAUCCGAUCCCUUUGAUGCAGAAUGGGCAGCCCUUGCUACACGUAAUGCCAAUCCUAACAACCCUUUCCUGCCAAACACUGUCACCAAGGCAUUUGAGGUACAAAUGUGAAUUUGAAUAUCAUAUGUUUUAAAAGGCAUUAUUUCAUAUAGAUUUUGAAGGAGGACAUAUUUCAUUGUUUGCUAUCAAAAUAUACAAAUAUUGUUCAUUAGAUAUUUGGUUGUAUGUUUAUCAUAGACGUUUAAGAUGCAAAAUGUAUCGAUUUGCCAAAAAUGCACACAGAUCUUAAUACAGGUACCAUAUGUAGUUGAUGGAUGAACAUGUCUUUUAUUUUUUAAUUCAUCUGUGUGUGUGCAGUGAUGAGAUAAUCAAAUACUGUAUAUGACUAAAUAAGUAGGCAAAUUUUGGCUGAUCAUAAAUUGUUGAGGGUCAUUCUCAGAGGACAUUGGAUAUUGUGAAUUCUUAAAUAUGCCUGUUUAACAUUCCAGCACUGUUCACAGGUAUCAGAUGUAGCCGAGUGGCUGGUGUACUUAAGAUUUUAAUCUUUUGGCAACUUCUUAAAUAUAUUCCUCGAGUACCUUUAAAGUACUGUAUAAUUAUAUUUUGUACUUAAAUCAUACAGAGUGAGAUGUCUAAAUAUUUAGAGAAUGAACUGAAUAAAUGAAUUUGAUGCUAUUUUUCAAAUGAGAUGUGUACCAUAUUUACUCACACGAACAGAAGCAAAAAGUAUGUUGAUGUUUCUAUAUUAGUAGCAUUUGCACAGAUUGUAUAGUUGCUGUAUGUGUAAUGUAAUUCAGAUGUACUUUGUAUCUGUAUAUAUAUAAAUUUAUAUAUAUAUUUGUCGUACCAUAUUGGUAAUGCUAUUUUUUCCAUUUGUCAUUUUCAAGGCAGUUCUCAUGAGGGGUAAUGAUAAUGAUGAAUACACAUGAUUUUUUCUGCACUCUUUUUCAUACUUUGUUGUUUUUAUGACAUGACAACAUUAUGAAUACACAUUCUUCUGUGAGUGGACUGUGGUAGUGAAGACAGGCAAGGCUCACAAUAACAGAAAUAAUGUAUAUCUUAGUUUAGAUUAUGACAUUGGUUUGGCAGUGUUCUUACAUUUGUUAUGUAAAUUUAAUGACUGUUCACUGCUUACCAAGUGUGUGCACACUGACUCAGUUCCAAAAUGUUUGACAUAAGAAGUGCAAUAGUAAGUGACACUUGUUGAGAAUACCUCAUAACUUAAUGUGCUGGCAUAAUUAAAUGUGUAAAGGUGUUCUUUGCUGGCAGCAGUUGUUGUUGGUUCCAGUGUUUUAACUAUGGAUAAAAGUUUGUCCCUCUAUUUUAUGUAUACACAGACGUGUGUGUGUAACCCUCAUGAGAGAUAGCCUUCUGGGGUAUUUUCUGAUAGUUAAGCAUACAUUCAAUAUUGAGCAUAAGAAGGACUUGAGUCAGUGCUAAUUUUCUUGCAGUUGUCCUCCCAGCCAUGUGUUAGGAUGUCCUUUUAAAUUUUUAACAACUGAGAAUCCUACUAUGAGAAAUGUGCCCAUUUAUUCGCUCGGAAGAGUAACGCUCAGAUCCUGUUAAGUAAAGAAUUUUUUUUUAUAUAAUUUUUUUUUAACUCUUAAUUAUUGCCUAAUUUUUGCAUUUUGUAUAAAGGAUACUAAGGUCGUAACAAAUUCACAUUAUCCACCAAAUAAAUGUUUUCACUGUUCAAUAAUCAUGAGAGACAAACUGGAUAAACGGAAAGAUACUGCAUUACAGUACUGUGUAUGUAAUUUUGAGAAUACUCGUCCUUUUGGUAUUGUUAACUAAUAAUUCAGAUUUAACCAGUCCUAUUUAUGGGGUGAUGGUGGCUACAGUGAUAGAAUGUAUAUAAAGACUUUUAUUAUAGAAAAAAUGUGUAUUAGUUGAAGGUGUGUUUGUAAACUAUUAGAUUGUGGUAUCAACAUUUACAUCCUGUUAUGUUUUAAAUGGAUCAUGUGGCUUGUUGAAUAGGAUAAACUCUACAAAGUGUGACUGUUGUGAAAAAAAACUACAGAUAGUGUUGACCAAUCUCUUUGAUGGCAUUGCACAACUACUUGAAAAUGAAGAGUUGCCAGUAAUGUAUAUUUUAAACUAUUCAAAAGCUAGUUCCUUCAUUUGUUUAUAAUUUUGGGUUCCGUGGGAAAGUAAGAGCCAUUCAUUCGUGGUAAGUGUCCUAUUGCUUGUAACGUCAACACACUUUACAUAUUGUUAUUCCAAGUGAUGUUGAUUCAUUAUGAUUCCUUUUGUAAGUAUUUGAUGCUUGCAAUUUUUAAGAAUAUAUUUUUAUAUUUUGCACUAUGCUCAAAGUUGUAAAUGCAGUGCAGUUCUCUAAUUCCUUUGCUGGUAUAUUAAUUUAGGGCCAUGUUCAGUUGAGGCACUAAAGUUAGCUGAAUACAUUUUAUGAUAUAUUGAAGCAUUGGGUGAGAAUCAUAAUUUCUCUCACACUGUUUGAAUUUGUUGAGUGUAGAUACCAUAUACAUCUGAUGAAUUCAAUAAGUUGAAACAGUGCAUUGAGUGAUAGUGUGAUUUAAUGCCGAGUGCUUUAGUUGUUAGCAAGGACCUCGUUAGUGGUAAUAUUGACCCAAGUGCCUCUUGAACAUCACCCAGAUAUUACAAAUGGUGGUAAUAGCAUAUCAUGAUUUUAUCAUCAGUAGUUCAAUACAUUCCUUUUAUGAUUUCUGUGAUAGAUCUGGCAUAAUAUGCAUUCACAAUUAAUGUAAGAAUUUAUGUAUUCCAGAAUGUAAUGCAUAAAUGCUACUGUCUUUGGAAUAGGCCUUCAGUAAUGAAAAAUAUGUGUAAAGUAAACUUCAUAAUUUUGCUUUAACCAUUCAGAUUUAAUAUUUCGGUAUACAAUAAGGUAAGUGCCAUGAGAGGACAAAACUUUUUAUUCAUGUAAAUGCUGUAUAAGUGACUUAAUUUUAUUUGUGGUAAUAAAAGAUAAAACUGGCCUGUAUUUAUGUAGAAAUAGAGCAGUUUAAUUUGAGAUAUGGAGUAGAACAUUUGGAUUUAUUUUUCAAAGUUUACUAUGUAUUUUCUCUAUUAUUUACAGUAUCAAAACGACAAUUGUUUACUAGAAAUAUAAGUAAAUUAAAGAUAAAAAUAUGUAUAGUUGAUAUUGAAAAGUAGUGAGGAGCCAUUAAUUUUACCACAUCAAACUCAUUACCACAUCAAUCUCAUUGUUUUUAAAAUAUUACCAGAAAUUUUUACUUCAGACAAAAGGCACUGUAAUAGCCAGUGUUUGAAAAUAUAAUAUUAUCAAAGUACUGUAUGAAAAUGUAUAUAUAGAAGAGCUUUUUAAUUUGCAUUUUAUUUUCACAACGAUUUGUAAAUAUGAAAUUACAAUGGUAAUCAUCAGGUUUGUUUGAAUAAAAUCAGGCAUUUCAUUAAAAAAAAUUAUAUGCUCAUGACCACCUCUGUCAAUCACUCAAAAAUGGAAAUUUUUAUUUGAACAGUAAUAUAAUGCUUAGACUGAAGUAAAUGUUAAGUUUCAAAUGUAUUUACCUCAUAAUGUAGUGACCUAUGUGCCAUGCAGAUAACCUGACACACUCACCGCAGGCAGAUUUGGGGUGGAGCAUAAUUUUAGCACUGAAGUGAAAUUCAACGUGCCUGAUGACUGCCAGUGUGGGAGUUAUCGCUUGAUGCUGUGAUUGUUGAGUAGCUUAUGCGGUGACGGGAGGUUUAUUACCCUGUCAUUUUUAUGGAGAAUACCCAAUGAUGCUGUACAGUAGGUAUUAAGGGGAAGUCAUGUCCACAUUAGAAUAUAUUCUACUGUCAAA